CUGGUUCUGGGGUCAGAUUGGGGCUGGGGUCAGCCAGUGCUCAGCCUCCCUGGGGCUCCCUACUGCUCCUACCCUUUGAAUGGUCCCCUUGGUCUCUGGGCUUCCCUGUCCUCGCUUGACCCCAACCUGAUGGCCUUUGUUGGAAGGCAGUCUUACAUCCAGAUCAAGGUGGCCAGUCCCCUUUAGCUGACCAAGCAUGGAGCCAUUGCAGGGUGGGCUUUUCUGGCCUUGAAGGUGGAAGGCUGCCCCCUGCCGGCCAAGGACCAGGGAUGCUGAUCUGGGUAGGAGUUGCCUUAGGCCCCUCUUGGCCACCUGGCACCUGCCAGUCUGCCUCAUGACCAUGAGCGACGGGGAAGCUGAGGCAGGGCAGCUCGCCUGGGCUACGCUGUAGAAGGGCCGGGGCUUGUGCCCAGGAAAACUGACUCCAACUUCACCUCAACCUGCUCAUCCUCUGGUCUGAGUCUGGGAUCAAAAGCUCGGUAGGGGUUGGGGUCUGGGGCCCGGAUGGGAAGAGGGGAAGCUGGCGGCCCCCUGCCCCUGGAGCGCGAGCAAGGCAGGGCCUUCUGGGCUGUGGGCCUCAUCUCACUGUGCACUGUGGGGCUUGGCACGGGGAGGGUGGCUACCAUCACAGUGGGAGAGGACGCAGGUGCAGGAAGGAGACAGAACAGCUGGCAGUCCCCUGGUGCCUGCAGAGGACUGGCUCGACCCUACCGCCGUCUCCUGUGGGCCCUGCCCUCCCACCAGGCCACUGUGCUCCCUCUGCAAGGAACAUCCUUUCUCACCCAAGUUCUGCAGCCCCUCCUAGGGUUGGAGAUGUGGUCCUGUGCAGCCGUGUGGGUGUGGGCGGCCUGGUCCUGCUCUUAGGCUGAACUGUCCACCAUUGUCCCCAGGCCAGGAAGGUGGUGAUGCAGGCUGCUCUGGUCCAGACCCCACCCCCCACUCCGAGGCUGUGGGUAUCCGGGGCCAGGAUGCUCGCCCCCUGUGUGGUCGGAGGCCAAGUUUGCCGAGGACACUCUCAGGGCAUUGUGCAACACGCCAACUCUCCCUCCCGAUAUAACCCCAGAGACCUGGGAGGGCACAGGAGCCCGGAGCACAGACCCUUCAUGGAGACCAGGCUGCUGAGCGCCGUCCUGGCCGUCACCCUGGUGCAGGUGGAGAUGACCACGCAGGACCUGGACCUGCAGAAGAUUGCAGGAUUCUGGCGGGAAGUCGGUGUGGCCUCCAGCCAAAACCUGGCACUGAAGACCCCCAAGAGGCUGGAGGCCUUGUUCCUGACCUUGAGUGGGGAGGAGCUGACUGUAAAGGUUGCAUAUAACAGCUCAGGAAGCUGUGAGACUGAAGAAAUAGUGAGCUCAGAAAUAGACGUUUCGGGGAAAUUUGUUUUCCCUGGCCACAGGGAGAUCCACGUCAUAGACACAGACUACGAGCAGUACGCCAUCCUGAGGGUGUCCCUUCCCUGGCAGGGCAAAGAAUUCCACGUGCUGAAGUAUUUCACUCGGAGCCUUGAGGGCGAGUAUGAACCAGGCUUCUGGAGGUUCCGGGAGCUGACAGCAGACACGGGGCUGUACCUGGUGGCCCGGUACGGGAGGUGUGCCAAGCUCCUGAAGGAGGAGCUGAUCUAGAGAAGCCCCGCCCCAGCCAGGAUGCUCGGAGCCCCGCCCACCCAGCCUCCCCUGGCGGCCCUGCCCUGGGGGGCCGCCUGCACCUGCUCUGAAUAAAGCCGACUGCCUACCCCCUGGCCCCGCGUCUUUCCUGGGGAGCGCAAAGAGUGCCGGGUGGGGGUGGUGGGGCGUGUUUUCUGUGAUCGGCCUAGAAAUGGCACCCAGCCUGACUCUUGGGUGGUGUGGGUCCCAGUCCAGGCUGGCUCCCUUCCCUUUCCACCUGGCCCUGCCCUUCUGAAAGCCUGUGGGCCAGGCUGCCCAACUCGGGGACCCCCCCAUCAUCCUCACCCUAGUCUCUUUCCAGGCAGCCCCAGGCUGGGGUGCCUGGAGCAGAGGUCCUGCCAGUGAAAGUGGCCACACUGGAGCCUGUCUGCCUUCUCCUGUGGCUUCCUGUUGCCCCAGACUCAAACCCACGGGCAUCGGGCCCAAGGCCCUGGGCCGUGGCCGCCCCUCCCGCCCCCUGCUGGUCAUCCCAGCCCUACUGAGCAUCUAGGCCCACCCUGCACUCUCUCACCCCUGACCUGCACUGUGGCUGUAUGCUCACUCUGUUUUCUUCCAUUGGCUGGGACUGGAGGGCAGAAAGGGUGUCUGGGUCAGGGCAGACAACGUGGGGGUCAGCACCGAGGUUCUGAGCACAGCCCCCUACCCGUGUGCAAGCUGGGGGACUGGGACCCUCAGGCACCCUGCCAGCCGUCAGAAAGGCCUGCAGAAGGAAGGACCGGCCCCGAGGGGAGCGCCUGCCCGGGACUCGCCUGAGCAAAUCCUGAACCGAGUCCCCAAAGACCCACAGGAGAGACGUUUGGAGGGUGACUUCUGACACAUCAGAGGUGUUUGGGGGACACCUGGAACUUCCCCCAGGUCCGUCCUGCUGAGGCUACCUCCCUCAGCUGGGCUCCCCGAGGGAAGGCCCUGGGAAGCCUGCUCAGGGCGCUGCAAAACAGCCUGCAAAAUAAACCCAAGCCAGUUAAUGUUGCCACGUUUCUGGAGGCUACAGGUCAGGGUUUCCGGCGGGGUUUCUCCUCCCGGCUUGUGGACGGCGGCCCCCCCCUGCUGCGUCUUCUCUGCGCACAGACAUCCUUCCUCGUCCGCGGGCGCCGGAGCCCCCGGCCCAGACCCGGCCUCCUGACCUCGCCUAAGCUUGGCUCCUCUUUUAGGCCCUGACUCCAGAUAACCAAUUCACCCAACUACUUAUUUGCGCAUCCACUCUCUCUCUCUCCCUUCCUACCUAUCGGUCUAAUAGGGUAAAUUUUGGCAAACUGAAUUUCCCUGUAAAAUUACCCAGUUCAUUCAGGACUUCAAAGUUAUCUGCUCAGAGGUCAGCCAGGUACCUUCUGUUGAUGAAACUUUUUUUCCCUUCUGUCCCAGAGGUCAUUUCCCUCCCUUUUGCCAUUUCUUACUUCACGGAUCUGUGGUCUCCUCAGUGUUUCCUUAUUUGUUAGUUAAUUCUUUUAUUCUUUAAAAUAACAGUAACGGUUCUGUUAAUAAUUCUGUAAAUUAACAGAAAAAUUCCAUCAGUGUUCCCAAGGGCGAGGCCCUUGGUUCACUGAUGACGCCUGCUGUCCUCCGUUCUGUUACUUCCCACUUUUACCGCCUCCCUCCUGAUUUCCUGUGUUUUACUUCGUUGCUCCCUGUCUGGCUGCUUGAGUGGGGAAUUUAAGGCAUUUAUGUUCAUUCUUCCAUUUCUAGUGGUGGGAGCGUUUAAGGCGGUGACGGUCCCUGGUCCCAUUGUGUAUGGUGUUUUUAUUAUGUUUCUUUUAUUUUAUUUAUUUUUAAUUUUGUUUUUGGGGAGGUAAUUAGGUUUUUAUUUACUUAUUUAUUUUGAUGGAGGUACCAGGG